UCAGUAUUUCCUCUAAACAGAAUAUUAGAAUAUUCCAGCAAGUAUUUUUAGAAGGCAAAGUUUGAAGGGUCAGUAAAAACAUCUCAACCACCACAGUGAUUAAAGGAAAGUUCGAAAAGUAGAUUUACUCAUGAAUGUUUUAAAGGUGUAAAGUUACAUCUCUUUUGUUGCAUUUCAGGGUAAAUGUCUCACUUAUAUAUUAUAUAUUUAUUAAUUUAUUAAUUUUGCAGACAAGGAUAGAAAAUGUAAUCUGUUGUUAAAUACUAAACAUCAUUUUAUUUUGCUGGAAUUCUUACUCUACCCAUUCUCUUCCACUUAUCCAAUUUAGGGUCACAGUGGGGCGAAACCUAUCACAGUUGCCAUAGGGCAAGAGGCUAGGUACACCCCUAGUCUGACACAGGGCCAACACAGAGAGACAGACAACAAUUCACAACUAUGGGCAAUUUGGAAAUUAACCUAACCUCACUAAAAGCAUGUGGUUGGACUAUUGAAGACAGCCGGAGAACCCAGAGAGAACCUAUGCAAACCCACGGCCAGACGGUGGAUUCUAAUCGAAGACCUUGCUGUGAGGCGGCAGUGCUAGCUACUGUUUCAACAUGCCAUGGAUUUCAUAUGAGUGUAUAUUAAUGUAAGGUUUUUCAGCUUACAGAGUUAAGUUCCCUAAUUUGGUUGCUUUUGUAAAUUGGAGCUAAAUAAAUAAAUCAAAUUGAAAUAUAUUAAAUUUAGGGAGAUAAAACUCACCUUUUGCAAAUACCUUAAUGUCACGGAUUAUAGUGAAAUACAGUAGAAACAUAUUUAAAAUUGCAGUAAAAAAAGUAGUAAUUCACUAGCUGGGAUCACAUGCUUGUGAAAACCUACACAAAUGUUAGGUUUGCUAACAUUUUUGUUGUUAAUGGCAGAUGGCUUGAGCAUAAAUUGAGGCUGUGGUUUGGGGACGGCCUCAGAGGGGACUGGUGCCAGUUCCUGGGUCAGGCAGAUCCCCAUAAGAAGUGAAUUAUUUGAAAAAGGGAGAGAGGGUGGGUACGAAUCUAAGAGGAGACAAUAGCGACCUCAUUGUACAGGAUACAGUAACCAUCGCAGUGGCAGACAUCAAGGAAAGUUUUUCAAUAUAUAACUGGUUAGGGGUGAGGGGAGGAUGACACGAUAAAAGACACACUGUGGAAGAAAACCAGAGUUUUAGAAGGAUUUUAAAUUCAAGAAUGAAAAAAAGCUAAUAUAAUCUCUCUUUCUAGUACUCUUGCACCAGCAUCAUUAUGAUUAUUAUGAUUAUUAUUAUUAUUAUUAUUAGUAGUAGUAGUAGUAGUAGUAUUUGCAAUGUUGCAAUGCUGGUUCUGAGAGAUUGAUCUUGGAGGCUGCUGUUCUCUGCUCUUAGGUACACCAGUAUUGAUAUUGUGUGAUGCCUGUUUUCCUCAAUGCUCUUCUAGCAUUACUCAAUUUCAGCGCAGGAUCUGCCCUUGUAUUGUUAUUCACUUGUAGCUGAAAGCACACCUUGUGAUCUUUGCAUGGAUCUUUGGAAAACAGGCCAUUUCUCCUCUUGGCUUCUGCUAUGGAAAUCUUGAUGCACUUUCUUAUUCAUCCAGGACCAGGUUUUUCAACCUGAAAAACAAGAAAAAGACUAGCACACCAUAAAAAACAACAACAAUAACAAAAAAUAAAAAAUAAAACAUCACAAACAGCAGUACAGAACCAGGAACAUGUGAUCUGUCAGCCUGAAAGGAGAUAGAGACACACAUGCACACACAAAAAAUGAUAUUCCCAGCAUCCAUGGGAUAGUACCAAGAAACUGAUAAAAGUCGUGUUUAAUUAAAGACUAGAUAAGGAGAAUAUAUUUGCGAUUUUUAAGGCUUUGUCGUUUUAUUUAGUAUUUUGUUUUCUUUACAAAAAAAAUUGAGGUGUGAAAUGUUCAUGUGUUAUGCCCGGAUUUGAUUGUUAAUGACGUCCAUUGUUUUAAAGUACAGAGCCAAACAAGGCAAGAAUUCUUCAGAGAAGAGGUAGUCAGCUGUCUGCAGUAGCUUCAGCAAGGCUGCAGAUCGAUGAUUUUUUAUUAAAGGAAAGUUUAAAGGGCAAAACUUCUGUUAUGUUUGCAAUUCGUUUAAUUAAAUAUUUAAUUAAAUAAAGCUUUCAUGAAAUGUAAAACAUUUUCUGGCAGUGGUGUAAAUGCAUUUAUUCUAUUUUGAAUGCAGAGUGGUAUUACUAUGUUAAUUAUUUGUGCUGUGAGAUCCAAGUUUACAUAAUGAAGUGGCUGAAAAUCUGUGUCACCACCACCUGAAGCAUAUGUGUGAAUGUCUUUCUUGUCUCCUCUGUGUCUGCCUUUAGUGUUGCAAAUACUUCAUUAGCAUCAUGAAUUAAGCUGUGUUGCCAAAACACCAAUUACAUGAAUACAUAUUAACAUCAAAGUCAGUGGUGCAGAGGUAUCGGAGCCUGUCUGAGAACAAAUUAAUAAGCUGAGGGAUAAAAUGCUUUUUUACUUAAGGUCUGCUUUGAAGUACUUUGAUUAUAUACUGUGAGCCAUAUGAAUUUCAGAUUUUAAUACAGGUAUAUUUUUCUUCAUGAAACAAGAUGCGAUAAUUAGAAAUUCUGCUUUUUUUUUACCAACCAGACGUUGUGACUCAAAGGGUGAUAGUAUCAGCCUUCUACACCAACACAUAACUUUUAACACCUCUUUUUUCUUAGAGUUAUAGUCAUCUCUUGAGUGUUUGUAUGUGUACUCGUGCGGUUUUCAUCAGUAAUGAAAUUUACUGUAAUCAGAAAAAUAUAUAUUUCUAUGUAAUAAAAAAAACACCACAAAAAAUGUUUUGGUUUUGUUUAAAUGUGACUACAUUCGAGAUGUAGUUAUCCAUUCAUUACAUCUCUGCCCACAUUAGGCGCAUUUUAAACAUGCAUAUCAUUUGAGUUGAACAGACAAAACUAACCCUGCGUUCAGCAAGGCCGAGAACACCAGAGAACGAAAACGUUUUCUUUGUUGCUUGCUUAAACAAGUAUUUGUAAAGAGUUCACUAUCAGGACGCUUUUCAGCACCAGGAACGAGACAGCGCUCGCGCGCGACACACACGCUCGCGCACAGACUUUAGUCUACGACAGGACCAAUGACUUUCACUCAUUUACAACACGGGAGGCUCCGGGGAAGGCGUCAAACGCGCCUACGAGACGGUGGAAAAGGAUCCAUUGGACAGUUGAGAGACGAAAAGGGGCAGUGUCUGCAGAUAAGCCAAUCUCUCCAUUUCAGCAAGCCAGAUGGAUUUGAAGACGGGCAGCUGCUGAUUAGCCUGGAGGAUCUCCUUGUCCAGGAGAGUGGUCCUGCAGAACUGUGACUCAUCUGCUGCUAUGCACCGCUUAAGGACUACGGUUGUAAGGCUUUGGCCUUUAACGGCUGUACAAAUGGCCCAGAGCCUAUCAAAGCCUGUACCGUUGGCAGUUAAACAGGGCUUAAGGACAUCUCAGCCCGCAAGGCACCUGAACACACCUCUAGCUAGUGAACCCUUUCUUAAUGGCACUAGCUCUAACUAUGUGGAGGAGAUGUACUACACAUGGCUGGAGAAUCCAAAGAGUGUACACAAGUCCUGGGAUGUGUUUUUCCGUAAUGCCAGUGCUGGGGCUCCGCCUGGUGCAGCCUAUCAGGGCCCACCACACCUCAGUAGGACUUCAGAAAGACUGGUGGGGACUCAACCCAGUGUGGAGAAGCUGGUGGAGGAUCAUCUAGCCGUACACUCACUUAUUCGAGCAUACCAGGUAAGAGGGCAUCACAUAGCCAAGCUGGAUCCCCUGGACAUCAGUUGUGUAGACUUUGACGAUGCCCCCUGUACUAUUGGUUUCCAGAACGUCGGCAUUUAUGGGCUGGCUGAAAGUGACUUAGAUAAGGUGUUCCGGCUUCCCACUACCACCUUCAUUGGUGGGAAUGAAAGUGCUCUGCCUCUCAGAGAGAUCAUAUACCGCCUUGAGAGAGCUUACUGUCAACACAUCGGUGUAGAGUUUAUGUUUAUUAAUGACAUGGAACAGUGCCAAUGGAUCAGACAGAAGUUUGAGACUCCAGGAGUCAUGCAGUGCACUCUGGAGGAGAAGAGGACCCUACUGGCCAGAAUGAUCCAGUCAACCAGGUUUGAGGAAUUUCUCCAAAGGAAGUGGUCUUCAGAGAAGCGCUUUGGCCUGGAAGGUUGUGAGUCGCUCGUUCCAGCCCUGAAGACCAUCAUUGACAAGUCCAGUCAGAGUGGAGUGGAGAGUGUAAUCAUGGGAAUGCCACACAGAGGCAGACUGAAUGUGCUGGCAAAUGUGAUCCGGAAGGAGCUGGAGCAAAUCUUUUGUCAGUUUGACUCUAAGUUAGAGGCUGCGGAUGAGGGUUCUGGCGAUGUGAAAUAUCACUUGGGGAUGUAUCACAGGAGGAUGAACCGGGUCAGUGACAAGUACAUGACAUUGUCUCUCGUGGCAAACCCCUCCCACUUGGAGGCCGUUGAUCCAGUGGUGCAGGGAAAGACCAAAGCUGAGCAGUUCUACUGUGGGGACACUGAGGGAAAGAGAGUGAUGUCUAUUCUCCUUCAUGGCGAUGCUGCAUUUGCAGGUCAGGGUAUAGUGUAUGAGACAUUCCACCUGUCUGACCUGCCAUCCUACACCACACAUGGUACAAUACACGUGGUGGUCAACAACCAGAUUGGUUUUACGACAGAUCCCAGGGUGGCUCGUUCAUCUCCGUACCCAACCGAUGUAGCUCGAGUGGUCAAUGCACCCAUCUUUCACGUUAACGCAGAUAAUCCAGAGGCUGUGAUGUAUGUGUGCAAAGUUGCAGCUGAAUGGAGGAACACAUUCCAUAAAGAUGUCGUUGUAGACCUGGUGUGUUACAGACGGAACGGACAUAAUGAGAUAGAUGAGCCCAUGUUCACACAGCCGCUGAUGUACAAGCGCAUCAAGAAGCAGAAAGGAGUCCUGCAGAAAUUUGUUGAAAAACUCAUUGAUGAAGGAGUCGUCACAACUCAAGAAUAUGAGGAGGAAGUAGCCAGUUAUGACAAAAUCUGUGAGGAAGCUUAUACUCGCUCCAAAGAUGAAAAGAUCCUACACAUCAAGCACUGGCUAGAUUCACCCUGGCCCGGCUUUUUCACACUGGAGGGUCAGCCUAGAAGUAUGACCUGUCCUUCGACUGGCAUCAGCGAGCAAGCGCUCAGCCACAUUGGCAACAUUGCUGCAUCUGUCCCAGUGCAGGAUUUUGCUAUACAUGGAGGCUUGAGUCGUAUCCUAAAGGGACGUGCAAAUAUGGUGAGCCAGCGACUGUGUGACUGGGCUCUAGGGGAGUAUAUGGCCUUUGGCUCUCUGCUCAAGGAGGGAAUCCAUGUGCGUCUCAGUGGUCAGGAUGUGGAGAGGGGCACGUUCAGCCAUCGACACCAUGUUCUUCAUGACCAAAAUACUGACAAAAGGAUGUGCAUCCCAAUGAAUUAUAUCUCCCCUGAUCAAGCUCCUUACACUGUGUGUAACAGCUCUCUAUCUGAAUAUGCAGUGCUGGGUUUUGAAUUAGGCUUUGCUAUGGCCAGUCCCAAUGCACUGGUUCUAUGGGAGGCCCAGUUUGGAGACUUUCACAAUACAGCCCAGUGCAUCAUCGAUCAGUUUAUCAGCUCGGGACAGGCCAAGUGGGUCAGACAGAAUGGCAUAGUGUUGUUGCUUCCUCAUGGCAUGGAGGGAAUGGGUCCAGAGCACUCAUCUGCACGCCCUGAAAGAUUUCUACAGAUGUGCAAUGAUGACCCAGAUGUAUUCCCUAAACUGUCUGAAGACUUUGCCAUGUAUCAGCUUUAUGACUGUAACUGGAUUGUUGUGAACUGCUCUACUCCUGCAAACUACUUCCACGUUCUCCGCAGACAGAUCCUGCUGCCUUUCAGGAAGCCCCUCAUAGUACUAACUCCAAAGUCGCUGUUGCGCCACCCUGAGGUUAAGUCCAGCUUUGAUGAUAUGCUCCCAGGCACACAUUUCAGUCGUCUAAUCCCAGAUAAUGGGCAUGCAGCCACCAACCCUGAGAAGGUGAAGAGACUAAUUUUCUGCACCGGCAAGAUUUACUAUGAACUGACCCGGGAACGCAAGAACAGAGGCAUGGACGAAGCUAUUGCUGUUGUACGCAUCGAGCAGCUGUCACCAUUCCCCUUUGAUCUGGUGAAAGAAGAGGCUGAUCACUAUCCAAAUGCAGAUUUGGUUUGGUGUCAAGAAGAGCACAAAAACCACGGCUACUAUGACUAUGUCAAGCCCCGCAUCAGCACCACCAUCGGUCACACACGCCCCAUCUGUGCCACCCAACUAUAAAACUUAGCAGGUCUGUCUGCCAUCUAUUAAACAUUUCCUUUCAUUCUUACUGCUAUCCUUCUGUCAUACAUCACCCCUGACACUUGCCUCCACUCACUGCACCCCACGUGCACUCCUAUCUUCACCAGUCUUGCUUUGGACGGUUGACCCUAGAUAUUUAAACUCACCCACCUUCACUGUUACACUUGUCUCUUUCUAAUUCACACACAUGUAUUCUUCAUGUACCUUCUUCUCCCCAGUGCAUACCUCUGCAGACCCUCAUUUCCCUGAUACCUACUUUCACUACAGGCUAUAAUGUCAAACAUCAUAGUAGACACAGCCUGACCUCAUCUGUCAACCUGUCCAAGACCAAUACAAAAAGGAAGGCGCUCAGUGCCAAUCCCUGAUGUAAUCUCAGUCCCACCAUGAACCCAUCUGCAUCUUCUACCACACACCUCACCACUGUCUUGCAUGUCCUGCACUUGCCUCACAUAUUUCUCUGCUAUUCCUGACUUUGUAGUACAGUAUCACAUUUCCUCUUGGCACUUAUAUGCUUUAUCUAGUGCUACAAAGACACCGUGCAACUCCUUCUGACCUUCACUCUUUUGUAGCACACUGCUGCUCACUGAUAGUCACCUGUCUUUGUCUUCAUGGUCAUCAGUUUUUAUUUAUUUGCACAUUUAUCGAAUGCUUUUUAAAAAAAAA